CUAAUCCAAGUUGGCGGCUAUUGUAGAAGAAGUUAAAAACAAGGUUCAGUUUUUCAGUACCUCUCAUCAUUUUAGGAGCAUAUAAGCUUUGCAUACACUUGCAUCUGAGAGAUUCCCCAUAUGCCUCCUGCAAAUAUCUCUUCGAACUCAAUUUAAGCUUUUCAUCUUGAAUCGUAUUGUUUGUUUAUCUCAUGCACACUUUUGCGUGAAAGAUUCACACUUUUCUUGAAUCUAGACAGACUGUUGGCCUUAAUGGAUACCCUUCUGGAAGAGCUUCCAAAUUCCAUGAACAAAUUCACAUUUGACCAAAACUCCAUCCCUUCCUUUACAGAUCAAAAUCCUGCUGAUCAGUUUGAAGCCAAUCAUGAAUUCACAAAUCCCAGUUUCUCUCCGGCCAAUUCAUACCCUUAUACUGAUUUCUCUUCAUCUUCUUCGGGUUUGAGCUCCGAGGGGGUGUAUUCUCCAGACACCAGUGACUCCAAUACCAUCCUCAGAUUCAUCAGUGAGAUGCUUAUGGAAGAAGAAGACUUGGAGAACAAGCCUUGCAUGCUUCAGGACUGUUUGGCUCUCCGAGCUGCUGAGAAGUCCUUAUAUGAUGUCCUAGUCCAGGAGGAUCCCUCUUCAACCAGUCAGAAUCUCACUUCCACAUACCAAAAUGUUGGGAGUCCAGAUGAUGGCAGCAACCACAGCAGCAGUAGCUCUAUUGCUGGUAGCAACUGGGUUGACUCGGAUUUCAAUUAUAUCCAAGAGGUUUUAGAUACUGUGGUUCCAAACUCUUUUGUUUCAAAUGGCAAGGGUGGAGUUACAGAUCUAGAAGGCAACUCAUCAUUUUCUGCGGAUGCAAGGCAACUCUCUGAUGAUGUGAAGUUCAGUCCAGAUAAGGAUGAAAGUGAUGAGUCAAGAAAUGGAUCACGGGGCAAGAAAAAUCGUUACCGGGAGGAUGGUGACUAUCUAGAUGAAGAGAGAAGCAACAAGCAGUCGGCAGUUUACGCUGACGAAAUUGAGCCAGAAGAGAUGUUUGAUCAGGUACUACUCUGUCAGGGUCAUAAAUCAUCUUCUUCUCCUCAGGUAUCUGAGCUCAAAGAUGGAAAUGGAAAGCUGCAGCGUAACGGCAAGCCAAAAGGAUCCAAAGCCAAGAAAACAGGCAAGAAAAAAGCAGAUGACAAUAAAGAAGUGGUGGAUUUACAGACACUGCUUACUCAAUGUGCACAAGCUGUUGCAAGCUAUGACAAAAGGAAUGCAAAUGAACAACUGAAGCUGAUAAGGCAGCACUCGUCUCCCUAUGGCGAUGGAACUCAAAGAUUAGCUCAUUACUUGGCCAAUGGCCUCGAAGAACGCUUGACUGCGACGGUUUCAUCGUACAAGCAGUCUGUUUGCUUUUCCAGAGGUAAUCUGUCAGCUGCUGUUAUCUUGAAAGCUUACCGGACUUACAUCACAGCAUGCCCCUUUAAGAAGAUGUCGAAUUAUUAUGCCAACCAAACGAUUCGCAAGCUGGCAGAGAAGAAAACCAGGCUUCACAUAAUUGAUUUUGGUAUACUCUAUGGGUACCAAUGGCCUUGCCUUAUCCAAGCUCUGUCAAAAAGACCUGGCGGACCUCCCAUGGUUCGCAUUACUGGAAUCGAGUUUCCCCAAUCAGGUUUUCGACCUUCAGAAGGGCUUGAAGAGACAGGGCGCCGCCUACAGAAUUACUGCAAGAGAGUCAAUGUCCCAUUUGAGUACACUGCCAUAGCAAAGAAUUGGGAAACCAUUCAGUAUGAGGAUAUCAAAAUCGACAGAGAUGAGGUGACUGUAGUGAACUGCUUGUACAGGUUAAAGAACUUACCAGAUGAUAUAGUGUUGGACAGCCCCAGAGACACAGUUUUGAAGCUGAUCAGGAGAAUCAACCCAGACGUAUUCAUCCAUGGAAUUGUUAAUGGAACCUACAAUGCACCCUUCUUCGACACACGGUUCCGGGAGGCACUCUACCAUUUCUCUUCCUUGUUUGAUAUGUAUGAGGAGACUUUGCCCAGAGAAGAUCCAGACAGGCUGCUCUUUGAACAAGAGGUAUUUGGUAGAGAUCUUAUCAAUGUGGUAGCAUGUGAAGGUUCAAUGAGGCUUGAAAGACCUGAAACAUACAAGCAGUGGCAGAUUAGAAAUAAAAGAGCUGGGUUCAAGCAGUUGCCAUUAGAUCAGGACCUCUUGAAGAUAAUAAAGACCAUGGUGAAGUCAAAUUAUCAUAAAGAUUUUGUUGUCGAUGAAGAUGGCAAGUGGGUCUUGCACGGAUGGAAAGGCCGAAUAAUCCAUGCUAUUUCUUGCUGGAAAUCUACUUGAUAGCUAGAAAUCAUGUGUUUCAAUGUAACAAGAAACUAUCUAUAUUGUUGUUUAGUUUAUUA